CACACACACAAACACAUCCACCCACCCGCUUGUUCAUGAUCCUGCCAGAACGCAUAAAAAUAGGCGAAUUUCAGGGCAUGUCUUCUUUUGCAUAAAGGGUCUUUUAUCUGAACAGCACAAUGUCGAUGGAAGACCCGUUUUUUGUUGUGAAAGGGGAGGUCCAGAAGGCUGUCAACACUGCACAGGGUUUGUAUCAGAGAUGGACCGAGUUGCUGCAGGAUCCUGGGAGUGCCUCUAAAGAGGAGGUUGACUGGACCACUAAUGAGCUGAGGAACAGCUUAAGGUCUAUUGAGUGGGAUCUUGAAGACUUGGAUGAGACCAUUAGUAUUGUUGAAGCAAAUCCACGAAAGUUUAAUCUUGAUUCUAUGGAGCUAAACAAGCGGAAAGCCUUCAUCACAAACACAAGGCAGACUGUUAAGGAGAUGAAAGAUCAAAUGGCAAGUCCCAUGGCCAUGUCCAUGUCUGACAAGAAAAACAAACAGACUUUAAUGGGUGAUGGAGGGUCUCGUGGACCGAUUUGGCAACCAGGAGGCGAUAAAUACAUGCGUCUGGACAGAGAACUGCAAACCGCCAACUCUCAGUUUAUUGACGAGCAACAAACUCAGCAACAGCUCAUUGCGGAGCAGCAAGAUGAGCAGUUGGAGCUGGUGUCUGGGACUAUUGGUGUUUUGAAGAACAUGUCUGAACGGAUUGGACAGGAGCUGGAUGAACAGGCAGUGAUGCUGGAUGAUUUUUCUCAUGAGAUGGACAACACCCAGUCUAGGUUGGAUAAUGUGAUGAAGAAGCUAGCUAAAGUUUCACACAUGACUAGUGACCGGCGACAGUGGUGCGCUAUUGGCAUUUUGUUGGUUAUCCUGUUCGUUGUGAUCAUCUUCCUCAUUGUUCUGUGAACAGCAGUCUAUUCUCGGCCACUCCAGCUUUCCUCAUUCCAAAUGAACGAAGAAUUGACUAAAAGAAAGGUGCUUUAAGGAAAGCAAUCACCUUGUCUUUACUUACACAGAUAUACGCGUACAGUACUUGCUAAGUUUUACGCUUCCUUUUUCCACUCCAAAAUGCUACCUGUGUGGUACUUUAGCUUGUAGGGUUGUAAAUAUCUAUAUUUUUCUUUUUUUUCCUCCUGGGGGGGAUGGGUGUCCAACCCAAAUAAAUUGUGUGGUCUGCGUCACUUACAUUUACUGUAAGUGUGUUAGUACAGAAGGAAGAAGAAAGUUGGAUAAGAUUUAAAAGUAGUGUCCUGAGUCAGGGCAUAAUGUGAUUUUGUUACUUUUAAUUUUCUGUGUCAUUAAUGUUUCAGAGUGAUUUUUCUUUUUAAGUAAUAAGGAGUUUUUUUUCCAUAUGGAAAUUCUAGGGCUAGGGCUAAUUGUUAAUCUUUUGCUUCCUGUUCUGUUCAUUAACUGGUAUAUCAAGUACAUUUAUGAUAUAGGUGCUGACAAUUUCCCAUUAACAAAAUGAUCUCUGCACUGACUCCUGACAAAAAAAAAGAGGUCGACUAAGUGUACAUAUCAGCAGAUGAAUUACAGUCAGCAACUACAGUAUAUACCUAAAGUGACUUGUAUAGUGGAUCCCGAUACCUGAUAAUAUGGCCAGUAAAUGUAGGUACAGCUUAGACAUACCUAAUAAUUAAUAUCCCAGUGGUGAUUCUAAUGAUUAUUUAUAAUAAUUAUUGAUAAAUACUGAUGUUAAAGCUGUACUAAACACUGAGGUUUCUUGAUUUGGAACCAGAUUUAUUUUUUAAGCAGUUAUUUGUAGGGAUGCACCGAAAUGAAAAUUCUGGGCCGAAAACGAAACCGAAAUUUUUGGAUGCACUUGGCCGAAAACCGAUACCAAAACCGAAAAUGGGUUCAUUAAAAAACAUGUUUAAAAUAUUUUCUUUUUGUUUGUAUUAAAAAAAUGUUGCAUAUUGCAACUUUGCUGUCCUCAUCUAAAACUUUGAAGUGCUUCCAAACCGCCGACAUACUCCGUGUUUGAUGCGUGAUGACAGCGCGAACGAGACGGGAGGAUGGGAGAGGCGUGGCGACAAUUUCGGCUUUUAUUUUCGGCGCUUUCUUACGUUUCGGCCGAAACCGAUAAUGCUAUUUCGGCCGAACAUUUUCGGCGGCCGAAAUUUCGGUGCAUCCCUAGUUAUUUGAUUAACAGCACUAACAAUAACCACUUUUUAUAGUAGCUUUCCAAAUGCUUGUGCGUUCUUUUUGUCCUGUCUCAGUUUAUUGUAGAUUUUAGUGUAAACUAAAUGAGAUUGAGAUUGACUGAGCGAGCUUGACUGUAACAUAUUUUGCAACAUACUGUGAGCAUGUUUGCUUGGGAGGUUCAUUGUAACUAAUAUAGUACUGGUUGAUUAGCAGACGAUUACUGGUCCUGCUGCUUAAAGAUUAAUUUGCUUUGAUUGAUACAAUAGGGAUGUAACUACACUUAUUGUUGAGUUAAAACACACCUGUGGGGCAUUUUUUGCUGAACAGUUUUCAUAUGCAUGCAUGUACUUUAGCUCAAAGUCCUUUAAUCAUAUUAGCGGAACAUCGCAAGAGAUAAACACUAGGGGGGAAAAUUGAACCAGUUUGACAUUUCAUCACACAUGUAUUAUAUUUUUAUGGAUUUAAACACUACUUUAUGUUCAUUACUUUAUGUACAUCUUCUUAGAAAGUGCAGCAGUGCAGCUCUGACAAAGUCAAAUAUAACAAAGAAAUCAGGCUUGAUUCAGCUCAAUUUAAUUUUUCAUAGUAAGUUGAAUUAAAUAAAUUUUUAUUCAUUUUUUUACACCAGUGCUUUUUUUUCCUGAAUUGUACUCAAAAAGUCGAUAGACUUUUGUGAACUUUCCAAAAAUCAAUAGGGAUCACUUUUAAGGAGAAAUAAGUUGCUUUUCAUAAUAUGAAAACUAAAUUUACAUUUUUCCUUUUCCACUGCAGAAAAAUAGCAACAUGUAAUAUUCAUGCACAAACACAGAGUUGCCAGUAAAAAAAUGUUUUUUUUUUAUGUUUUUUUUUUUAACUUGGACACUUUGAGUUGAUCACAUAACCAAAGUUAAUUGAUUUUUUUUUUUGUCAACAGCAAAAACAAACUGUGGGCUGUGAUGUCAUUCUUUUUACAAUAUUCACUGUGAGAAUUCUAUUUGAACCUGCACCUAGUUAAAUAUAAUUUCUCUCAUAGGUCUAAAGCCAGUUAUAAAGUCAAUUCUAAACCCUAGUGUGGUAUAGAAAUUCAGUUUUCCUACACAUAUGUUUGAGGUACAUUUGUAAAUAGAAAUGUGUAAUAUGGUCAUAGUUUAAAAAGUUGGUACAGAGGGUGACUUAAAGAAGACUAAUUAUGGUUUAUCAAGAAACUGCUUAGGUUUUAAUAUGCCCAUACAGUGUGUUUCAGUGGUUAUGUACAGUAAUUACAAACCUUAAGAAUACUUCACCCAUGAAUAAGAAUUACUCACAAAAAAUAUAUAAAAAGCCACAAUUGUAAACAUGCACACGGAUAAACAGACUCAGUAGAGUUUACAGCGGAUGUCGCAACUACAAAGAUAUAAGCUGUAUGUUAUAAAAAGUUAAAAAUAAGAUGUAGACCUGUAUUUUUUUAGUAGUAGUGCUAUAUAGUAGUGCUAACGCAGGCUAUUACACAGCUUACAUUCUACUGGUGAACUAACUGCAAAACCAAACGUUCCAAUGGCUCCUGUUUAAGCCUGGUCUUGUUUUCUUAAAUAUUCAGUGGAAAAACACUCAUUGUUGUGUAUUUUCGAAAGUUAUUUCUGCAGUCUUUGUUCAGAAUGCGAAGGCCCGUUCCUUUUCCUUGGUUGAGAUUGACGGCAUAUGAUAAGUCAUGCAAAGAGGUUUGGCUGUUUGUGUCUACCUUAAAGCCAUCAAAUAAAACAGGAAAGACUUCUCAUUACUUCUUAAGAAGACAUGUAUAAUUCUAGUUUUUAGUGACUUUUUUGCAAGACUUUAUUUGCUUUUUUUUUUUUUUUACAAUACUACACUGUCUAACCAAACAAAAGUCACACACACUAAUAUUUUGUUUCAAUGCUUCAUGUGUAAAAAUGAUUCUUUAUAGUUCCUGAAACACUUUUUUACUUUUAAUUUCAAGUCUUGCCUACUCAGUCAUUGAAUAAUAUAAUUCAGUGAUAGAAGAAUUUGGUCAUUCAUUAUAUUUAGAUUGUCAUCUGACUUCAUUUUAUUACUACAUAACAUUUGCUAAACCUAGACCUGAUCAACCGAAGCAACCCCAGAUCAUAACACUGCCUUGAGAGGCUUGUACAUUGGGCAUUAUGCAUGAUUCCUACACCUUCUUUCUUACCCUAACACACUAAUCACACUAAAAUAGGAUUAAUUUGACCACAUCAAACCACAUGAUCUUUUUCCAUUGCUCCAAAGUCUCCCUAACAAAGACUUUUUUUCCCUGUAUGGACUCACUAAGAAGUGGUUUCCGUAUGGUUACAUAGCUGUUUAGUCUCAAUCCUUUGAUUUUUUAUCACAUUGUGUGGAAAUGCUCUUACUUUUGCUGUAAAAAAUAGUUUUGGUUUCUACUGUCAAUGUUCUUUUUUUAUGAUGCAAUUUCAAGUUUGUGAUCUAAGCUUAUAUUUUUUCAACCCCAUUUCCUCAAUGAAGUUCACGGUGCGCCACUAUCCUUCUUUCAGUUUUUUAUUAAGUGUUCUACAGUUCUUUACCCAAUUACAGUAAUUUUAGCAAUUUCCUUAGAUGUUUUUUUUUUCUUUUUUCAUUUUGACUCCACUGGAACAGUGACUUUUUAUCGGCCAGGCAGUGUAUUGACCAAAAUCCGCUGUGAAGUUAAGAACACUACAUAGCUAGUGCCUUAGUAUCUCGUACAGCAGGAAGGGCAAAAAAAAAAAUAAUCUAAGCAUUAUCCACCAUUUGAGGAGGAUAUACUUCUAUUUAUCCAUAUAUCUUGAGAUGGCAUUAGAGAAAUUGUUUCAUGUACUAAGGGGUUUGGUUGAGUUUCACAUUGCACCUAAAUUGACAAACCAAAAGCAGCUUAACUUAAGCUGAGUGGUGUGUACGUCUGAAGGUUUAUUAUUUAUCAGAAAUAUUCACUUAAGAUAAAACAAACCUUUGGUAAGUGUGCAGAAAUCACAAAAAUCAUCCGAGCAUAGAGAACAUGAUGCUAGUGCUAAAUAGGUUGUUACAUAAUUAUAUAAAUAACUAUCUCUUUAGCAUCAAUGAAAUGAAAUAGAACUACACUAGAUCUGACUUGGAACUGGACCUAAACUAUCUCCCUUAAAUGUUCCUAGUUGUUUUGAUCUGCACCCAAGUGUUAUCACUGGAUUCCUACCUGUCUACUGAAGAGCCCACCCACACAAACACACAUGAUCCCAUUCAGACAGGCUACACACUGCAUGUGUGAAUGCACUUUUCUAGUAAAAGUCAAAUUUAGAAUGCUUAAAAGUUGUUUGGUUAAGUUUAACUUUUUAGAGUUCUAUAUAGAACCUUACAACAGAGUGUUAACCCGUCAGAAAGCAAUUCAACUAAAACCCAUUUCGCACUGUACAGAAACAUAUUUCUAACCCUUUUUCUAGGAGGAAUGUUCAUCUGCUGCUGCAAAAGUAUAUGUUCAAUUCAGUAUUGUUGCAAAAAAGGUCUCUGCAAUCUAUUUGCAUAUUGUAUCAUUUGUGUAAAUGGUGAUAUACUGUUUGUCAUGUUAUUGACUUUAUAUACCUUUAUUUGUUUUUAUACUCUUGACUGCUGUUUUAUUGAUUUCAAUUUUAAAAUAAUCAUGAAAGAAUAUUAAGUACAUUAUGAACAAAUGUUAUUUCUGUAGCCCCAAACAAGACUGAAAAUAUUUAAGGAUCUGCUGAUUGCAAAGAGUGAUUAUUAUACUGUUGUACAAAAUACCACUCGCAUAAAAACCAACUGUAAAGUAAAAUUUGCACAAUCAUGUCACUAUGUGACGGGGUGGAGAGAGUAUGGUAGCGAAUGGGCUUUUAUUAAUCCUAAUCGUUUGUUUAAAUUUAAUUGUUACAUUGAUAUCUGUUGACUGUAUGAGAAUGAAUUGAUAUUUUGUUGUUUCCCCCUGACCAUCAACAUCCUUUUUCAGAAAUUAUUCUCUCCCAUCAUUCCUGUCUGCAAUGAGUUCCCUAUGAAUCUAUUAAAUGCAGAUUUCUGCUAAACCUC